GUUUCCCCCCCUUCCCUCCCCCGCCCCCGGCCUGUUGUAGAUCAUGCCGCCAGUGGCGGCCCUUACGGCCGAGGAAACGGUAGCCUAGGGCAGUUCGCCGUUAAGUGACACUGAUUCUCCCCUAUCCAUCUGACCCCUGAGAAAGAGACACGUACCCCGCAGGGUGAAGGGUUGGGAAAGGGGCUAGUGAACUCGGAUCCACCCCGGGAGCGGGGGGAGUGGAAGUUCCCGCCCCGGACAGCGGCGAGGCGACAGCCACAGUUGAUUAUGGAAGCUUCGCACAAGAGUAACUCUCCAGAGACAGCACCUCAACCAAGUUCAGCAGUUCAGGGAGCUCAUAUCUCUCAUAUUGCUCAACAGGGGCUAUGUUAUUUCUCCUGCUGUUUAUCACAAUAUAGCCUAAAGGGACCUUGCUUACGGAAUGUCACACUGGUCGACCAUGCUAACUAGAUGUGCUGAAUAGUAAGUGAUCAGUCUCCAGCCCAGAGAAGGUACUUAAUGUUUGGUGAAUAGAUGUGAAUAGCUCUGAAAUGUGUUUUCUAGUAUUAAGAACUCAGCUAUCUUACGUGCAUAGAUGUCACUAAGAGGAUCUGCGCCAGUGACAAUUGUACCUCUUCCUGGAGAGCAAAUACAGGUUCAGGGGGUCAUCCAGACAGCUCAGUCUUCUGUAAUUCACCCACCACACGUGCAAACGGCAUCAUCCUUAUCAGAAAGUGAGGAGUCUCAAGACUCAUCUGAUAGCAUAGGCUCCUCACAGAAAACCCAUGGGAUUCUAGCACGGCGCCCAUCUUACAGAAAAAUUUUGAAAGACCUAUCUUCUGAAGAUAUACGGGGCAGAAAAGGAGACGGAGAAAACCCUGGAGUCUCUACUGUCACUUCUAUGUCUGUUCCAACUCCCAUCUAUCAGACUAGCACCGGCCAGUACAUUGCCAUUGCCCCAAAUGGAGCCUUACAGCUGGCCAGUCCAGGCACAGAUGGAGUACAGGGACUUCAGACAUUAACCAUGACAAAUUCAGGCAGUUCUCAGCAAGGUACAACAACAAUUCUCCAGUAUGCACAGACCUCUGAUGGACAGCAAAUACUUGUGCCCAGCAAUCAGGUGGUGGUACAGACUGCAUCAGGAGAUAUGCAGACAUAUCAGAUCCGUACCACACCGACUGCUUCUUCGUUGCCACAAACUGUGGUAAUGACAUCGCCUGUGAAUCUUACAUCUCAGACAACUAAGACAGAUGACCCCCAACUGAAAAGAGAAAUAAGGUUAAUGAAAAACAGAGAGGCUGCUCGAGAAUGUCGGAGAAAGAAGAAAGAAUAUGUGAAAUGCCUGGAAAAUCGAGUUGCAGUCCUGGAAAAUCAAAAUAAAACUUUAAUAGAAGAGUUAAAAACUUUGAAGGAUCUUUAUUCCCAUAAAACUGUUUGAUUCUUAGGAAAGAAAUAUUUUUUUGGACUUGCCUAAAAGUUAGAUGGAUUUCUUUUCUUUUUAAUGGAGUUUUAUAAAUUAAAAGGUAAAUGAAGCUUUUUAUUUAGGUUUUUGCAACUCAAAGUUGAAUAUCUCAUGCAAGAGAUCUGGUGACAGAGGACAAAGUGGGAAAUGACCUCGAGGAAGCUACUGGCACAACUGGAAGCUUUAAAACUUAUAUCGAGAGACAGGAAGUGAACUUUUAACAAUUUGAAUUUUCUAAAUAACAGUAGUUGUCAGUAACCCAAAAAUGGCAAAUAAAAUGAAAAUUUGGUAAAAUGAAUUUUUUAAUAUAUCAAUUUAGGUUUGUAUUUCUUACUGUUUCCUGAAAUUUAUCUUUUUCAAUUAUGUGUGUAUGCGUGUGCGUGUAUUCUUAUUUCUGCCAAUAGAUUCUAAAUUACAAGUGUAAAGGAAAAACUAAUACAUAACUAAAUAUAUAAAUUAUGUAUCCUGAUUAUAUACACUUGUUCUAUUGACAUGUCUUUUAAGUGGGAUUUUAAAAGUUUGUUUAUUGGAUUUUAAAGGGGUUUUGAGAAUGAAUUAUUUUUGAAGCCUUGUCCUAAAAGGCAUCUAAGGUACAUGAAUGGAGUUGUGGUGACUUUCUAACAUUUUAUUAGAAUGGAAGAGAACUAUUUAAAAGUUUGACACUUUUAACUACUUAAAAGUUUGACACUUUUAAAUCGUUUGUUUUUGGUUACUCUGGGAAUGGUGAUUUUCUACAAAUAUAUAAUAAAUUGUGUUUUGAUCAUAUGUUCUAUAAGCAGUUGAAUGUACAUUACUUACUCUGUUUUGCUUCAAUAGAAUGGAGUGUUUACAGGCCCUUAAAAUGAUAUUAGAGGGUUUUUUAAACCCUCGACAGAUGCUUACCAAAGUUUUUCCAAGAGGAUUUUAUAAUCAAUUUAAUGUAGGGUUUAUCAAAUUCUAAAAUAGUAUAGUUAUUAAGGCAAUUUUAUGUUAGAGACUAUUUUGUAAUGUAGUGAAUGGUACCUUUAUAAGAAAAGUGACUGCCAAUAUAUUUUUAUAGCUAAUCUUUAUAAAUUCUAAUGUUGGAUUUUUAAUGAUUAUUUAAAAUGUUUAUAUAGUUUGUUUAGUAAAAAAAUAUUUUACAUCUCAAAGUAUCAUUUUUAUAUUAUGGGAAGUAAAGUUUUCAGAUUGGCUAAUAUUUGAAUUGUGGGUUUUAUAUUCAGUUUAAAGUUCAACACCAGUAUUUAACUUCUGUAUUCCAAUUUGUAUACAUUUUGAAACUGUACUGCAAAACAGUUGUGCACUUCUUAUGCAAUAUGUAUUAUAUUGUCUUCUAUAAAUUAAAGGACGUUUGAUACAAUUAAGUUUGCUGAAUGUAAAAUACAAUGAUUGAUAAAUGAAUGCUGAUAGCCAUUCUGUUGAUUAUACUAACUGUUGUGCCUUUUUAGUUUUAAAAUGAAUAUAAAUUUACAGUUCUGGUCUACACAGCCUAUUUUUAAAAUGGAUAUGUUAUAUAUUUUGAUUCAGUCAGAACAUUUUUUGUUCUGCAAGUGUUGAGGACAUAUUAAGGUUUCUGUUAUGUAGAAAUCUUAACCCAACUGAUGAAUUUGUGAUUGAUCACCUGAAUAAUUACCUUAAAGAAGCUUUUCUUGAUGAAAGUUUUCAUGAUAAAGGGAUGUUUUAAAAUGA